AUGGUGGGAUUUAAUCGGAUUCCAAUAGAUGCUUAUCCUGAUCUUGAUUUAACACAUUUCGGUGAAGAACGUACAGGCUUUUAUGAUAUUAUUGCAGCUUCAUCAUUACCUGUAAUGAUUGAUGCUGAUGAUUGUUAUGAUCAACAAGCACCUAAACGAUGUGGUCAUAUUAAAGGUAAACAACUUGUUUCUGUUAAUGCUAUGGUAUCAAAAGUUCGUGCAGCUUUAGCAGCACGUUCCGAAUCAGAAUUUUUCAUUAUUGCUCGAACAGAUGCUAUUGAAGCCUAUAUUCUUGAUGAAGCAUUACGCCAUGGUACAUCACCUUGUGUUAAUAUAUUUGAAGGUGGUGGUCAUAUACCAUGGGUUUCUCCAAAUGAAUUAUAUAAAAUGGGAUUUUCUAUGAUUCUUUAUCUAACAAUAAUUUUAUUUCGUGUUACAUAUGCUAUUGAACAAGCUAUUAGAGAUUUAAUAGGUGGAAAACAAUUAUCAUUAAAAGAUAGUGUGAAUUUUCAAAUAUAUGAAGAUAUUGUUGGAUUAUCACCAUGGAAAGAAAUUGAGAAAAAAUUUCAUCAUGAAGAUUAA